AGCAACGAGUGUAAACACAACUCUUCAAACAUUGAUUUCGCUGAAGCUGUUGACAUUCACAGAAAACACACGCCGGUUGACCGAAGCUGUUAUUAGACGAUCGGCUCCUGCUGAAGCUGUUUCAGAGAUUUACACGCUGCAUGAACAUGCAAACGAUGCCACACCACCAAUUCACGCAGCAUUUUUGGGAAAAAGAGACCGUAUCAACAAAACUGCCGUACCUGCACAGAGAGGGCAUGAGCAGACAGCGCAGUCCCUCAGGAGCUCAUCCCAACUCCAGACCGCAUGCUCUAGAAAACCAAGAGGGACCGAUGAGCUCCACGAGAGAGAGACAACAACCCUGGCAACAUCCAGACAACAUCCGUAGGAUGAAACACAUACAUCUGGAGGAGCAGAGUGAAUACGUUCCUUCACGGAGAGCAUCAGACAAAUUAUUCCCUCUAAAACCAGUCCUUCACAAGAGAGCGUACAGCCUGAGUAACGUCACGAAACCAGAACAUCAGGAGAGACUCUACUCGUGUCUGACGGAUCAGGCGGCUGUUAGGCACCAGCAGAAGGUCGUAAGGAAACUAGACGCUCUUAAUCUAAUAGGGAGAACAAAUCAGACAAAGAGCGAUAUGGACCGUGAACAGAAGCUUGAAGCACAAACAUGGCUGUCAAAGGAAAUCCACUCUAAGGAGAUGGUGCUCCAGGAGAAGAUUUUCAAAGCAGAGGAGACUCUGAGAAGAGUCCAAAAAGAGAGGAAGGACAGUGCAAUGAGAGAUGAGAGGAAUAAAAGAUAUUCGGAUAAGCUAAAGGAGGACAACAGGUUCUAUAGUAGUGGAUACGGCGACUGGGCUGAGGAGAGGGACCGAUAUGGGAAUGAAAAGUGGGAAUUCAGAGAUGAUAUGGAAAGAUGGGGGGAAUGGGAGCGAGGGAUCAAUGGUAGCCAGCUGGAGAGGAGCAAAGACAGUGCAAAAUGGGGACAACAACCAUUGAUGUUAGAGAUGGCGAAGGCUCGCAAGCUGGAGGAAACGAGAGAGUGGGAUGAGUACGAACACAUAGCAAAACACAGGAGCCGGGAAAUGAGUAACAGGCAAAACAUGGGAUGGGACAAUGUCAGAAGAAGAAGGGCAACGCAGAACCUCUAUUUGCACAAUGAAGACGAUGUGAGAAAACCCAAUCUAUCUGACUCUGAGAGAAGGGACAGACCUCACCUCAAGCAUGAGAGGAGAGAACAUAAAGACGGCUCAUAUCGACUCGCAUCGAAACUCACGAAGGAGGCCGUCCCGGAGAGAAACCCCAGACAGAGAGGAAAGCGCCUGGAGCUCAGUCUGGAGGAGGAUCCCGUGAUCCCGUGUGACGUGUGCCAUCGGUGCUUCGCACGAGACCGUCUGGAGACGCACAUGAGGGUGUGUGAGAAAAAGCGGCCCCAGCGCAAGAUAUUCGACAUGUCACAGUACAGAGCCAAAGGAACAGACCUCGAGGAGUUCAUGAAAACCAACAGCAGGAGCAAAACACCAGAACUCAAGAAGAAUAAUUGGCGACAGAAACACGAGGCCUUCAUUCAGACCAUGCGUCAGGGUCAAGGAAGUGUGCCACCACAGUUAGUCUUGAACCUGAACCCAGAAUAUGUUAGCUGCCCUCACUGUGGCCGCAGAUUUGCCCCAGGUCCGGCAGAGAGACACAUCCCAAAGUGCCAGAACAUCAAGAGCAGACCACCACCUCCCAAACAGCUGCACAGCGCCACCAGGAGGAAGACCACGCAGUGACAUGUGCUUCAGCAACUCUCUGUUAGCAGACUCCUGCUGUUAGCGCGUUUGCAUUGAACU